AUGGAUCUUUAUAAAGUUGAACUCAGACUUCCGAACCUUAAAGAUAAAAUUUAUACAAAAGAUGAAAUUGAAGAUCUUGGCGCAAUGAUGGAAUCUAUGGUUGAAUUUAAAGAAUAUUUCAAUAAUGAUGACAAAAAACCAAAGUCAAAAUGCCUUCAUAUUUUCAUAGUUCCCACCAUUGUAGCCCCCGCCACUGUGACUACACCCAAACCUAAGGAUAUUUUCAAAGAAUUUCUCAACAGCAAACACGGUCAAUUUCUCAAAACAUACAUAAAGAAUAAUGAUCCGUUGCCAUCAUACGAAUCACGAAUACAACUUAAACCAACUGUACCCGCUUCCUCUACGGGUGAACGCCCUUCACUCUUAAAGUACAAUCUCCCCGGAGGUGAUGAAAAACAUGAACCAAUUACCCGGGUUUCAGAUGUUCAGUCCGCGAUUGCAAAAGCAAAGAACAAUUUAUUGAUUUUUUUAGGAACAUCUGGAUGUGGAAAAACGAGGACUUGUUAUGAAUUACUUUGUGAGAACUGGGGGCUUUAUUUUGUCGCGUCUAGAAAAGGAAAUGGAGGUUCGGCUGAUAUCGAGAAAAUCCAAACUUAUCUUGAAACAAAAAUGACAGAAGAUUUUGAACAAACCCGCAAACGUGCAUUAGGAAUUGUGCGUUGUGCAAUUCUCUCCCGACUUCUUAUACUAAACUAUUGUUUGGAAAGUGCAUCUGCAUUCAACAAACAGCGUUGGCUUCUAAUACAAACUUGUCAAGGUAUAUUUGGAAAGCUUUAUGAUUAUAAUGAUGAUAUGUUUGUUGCCCUUAUGUUGAAACUCAAUACUUGCACACCAUUGUCUGUAAUGACUUACAUUGAUAACAUAUAUCAAGAAAUUUCAGUUAACAAAACGUUUGUCAUUAUUCUUGAUGAAACUCAAGUACUCGAAACGGUACUUAAGGGAAAGUUUAAAUCACGAACAGGUAAACAGAAACGCUCACUCUUGUCUCCCAUAAUUCAAGCACUGAGACAACCAGCACCAUCAAUGGUCAAUUAUUGUGUCAUUCCGUGUGGUUCUGGACUCGGAAUUCUUUCUCUUGAGGAUGUUCGUAUUUCAGGAAUUUCGAAACCAGAGACUGAGAUACCUAAAUUUACAGAGUUUGGAGGGUGGCAGGAUAUUGCUCAUGUGAAGAACUAUGUUAAUAAUCUUGUGAGUUUGACAGACAAUGAAUAUAACUGUCUUUAUAAUCACUUUCGUGGCCGAUUUCGUCCCAUUGUUACCUGCGUAGAAGAUAUUAUUAUGGGUCUUCCGGCUGAAGAUGUUAUUGAUGUACAUUGGAAGCGUAACACUUGCCUAUUACUAUUCCGGAGGGUCACUGAUACUAGUCAAAUGUCAUUAGUUGAAAGUGGUUUCGGGCGUCUCCAGUUUGUAAACCCACCUACUAUUUCUCACCUAAGGCAAGUAUGUAAAGGUAUAGAUGAAGAUAAGUUGCGAAUCUCAAGUGUAAAUGUACAUCCUGCAUUGGAAGGAAAGAAAUCUUUAGUCGCUUAUGUUGACGAACCCUUUGCUCUCACUGCUGGUUUCAACUUCUUUAAGGAUCAUGAUAGUCUUCCAAAAGAUAUUUUAAAUAUGAUGUCCAAAGUCAAUAAUGCGAGUUCAUGGGGAACAUUGUGGCAAAUGUAUUUACCUGAUGAAUUUGAGCAAAUAUUCAACGGGCGGAGUGAUAUUAGAAAUAUGCCUGUAUUUGCUGAAGUUGCUAAGAAAUAUAACUUGCCUGCUUUCUGUAUAGGAUCACCAAAGAUUGUCAAAUCCUCUGAUGUUACUGUUCCACGAGUAGCAAAUGCAUCCGCAGGUUACACAUUGGAUAAAUUCUUUAAUGAAUCGCCUGAGACGCGUCCAACAUUUUAUUUUCCAGAGGAUCGUUGUGGUCCUGAUAUCAUUUUUUUUGUUGAAUUUGAGCAAGUUACGGUUCCAGUUUUUGUUCAAGUGAAAUUACGUUAUGUAGUUAAAGAAAUGGCGGGGGCACUUGGUACGAUCCAUCCAGAUAUGUUUUACAAGAAUAAAAACGGAGAUGUUUAUAAUGAGGAAUCAAAUAAACCCAUAAUCGAUAAGAUAAUUGAAAUAUGUAAAGUUGGCUCUAUUGGUUUAUUGGUCGCCUAUCCGGCUGAUGUAUUCCAAGAAUCUUAUGUCACAAAUAAUCAUCUGCAUGAUCUAAGGAAUCGAUCAAGCAAUCAACAGCUCAUCGGAAUUAUUGAUCACAAAAAUGCAUCAACUGUCUUUCGAGGAGAUCAUCUACAAUUUCUAGACGAGCUUAAAGGCACUGCAAAAGAAAGGAACUAG